AUGGCGUCGGCGUUGAGAUCCAGCAUUCUCCGCCACUUUCGGGUCCAGCUACCGGAGCCGCUCAACCUAAACGGAUCCCGUUUAUUCGCCUUCCGUUCAAUGUCAUCCCACGGAGACGAUCACCUCGACAAACAGGAGGUGGUGGACCGGGUUCUUGAUGUCGUUAAAACCUUUCCCAAAGUCGACCCAUCCAAGGCCUAUGAGGGUGGUGCACUGGUUCAGGGGAUUUACCUGAAUAGAGGCUGUGCAGAAAUUGGAUUUGGUGCUCGGGUCUUUUUUGUGCAUGCGGAGGUUUUGGCGGUCGAGUUACCAGAUGUGACUUGGAUGAUGAUCAGGGAUGAGAGGAAGGGAAAAUGA